GAGGGGUGCCGGCGCGCGGGCGGCCUCCCGCCUUCCCCUCUCCCCGCGCGCACCCAGAGCCCAGCGUCUCCGGGAGCGCGGGCGCCCGCCCGCCUCCCCGUGCGCCCCGGCCCGCGCCGAGACCCCGGGCGCCGAGCAGCGAUGAAUGCGACCUUCCUGAACCACAGCGGCCUGGAGGCGGCGGGCGCCUUGGGCGGCAGCGGCGGGGCCGCCCUGGGGAACCGCAGCCACGGGCUGGGCUCGUGGCUGGGCUGCUGCCGGGGGGGGGGGGGGUGGGGGGGCGCGCCGCGGGCCGCCAGCGACGGGGUCCCCGCGGGGCUGGCGCCCGACGAGCGCAGCCUGUGGGUGUCGCGCGUGGCGCAGAUCGCUGUGCUCUGCGUGCUGUCGCUCACCGUGGUCUUCGGCGUGUUCUUCCUGGGCUGCAACCUGCUCAUCAAGUCGGAGAGCAUGAUCAACUUUCUGGUGCAGGAGCGCCGGCCUUCCAAGGACGUGGGCGCCGCCAUCCUGGGGCUGUACUGAGGCCGCCCCGGCCCGCGCACCGCCAGCCCGGCCCUCAAGCAGACGAGAAGGGAGACCAGGACCCUCGUGCCCCGCGCGGGCUCUGCCGCCGCCGGGCCGGCCGCGCGAGGGACAGCCACGGACCUCGGGCCCCCUCCCCCCGCCAGGACCGGGACACCGCGGGACUCGGGGCCGCGGCGCGGGGAGGGACAUCCACACCCGGCUGGCCCUGUGUGCGCCUCGGCGUGGCUGGGUGGGAGAGGUCGUGCGAGGCCGCCCGGGGCCGAGGUCACGUGCGUGGGAGUUUGGGGUGUCUGGAGGUGGGGCGGGGUGGGGGAAGUCGUUGGAGAAUCCGAGUCGCUGAGCUUGUUGGCCUGAUUUAGCUUUUGAAAAGAAACCUUGUGAUAAAACUGCAGCCUUCUGGCUUCCGGCGGCUUCCCACCGGCACCUCGGCGGGGUGUGUGUGCACGUGUUGGGAUGUGUUGUUGCCUGGGGCAGGGGCGGGAGGGCGGUGUGUACCCCCUGGGCCGCCUGGCUGCCUGACUGCGGAGCCCAGGGGGCAGGUCCGGGGCUUCUGAGACCCCACUCCCCCGAGGCUAAGGAGGCUAUAGCUCCGGAGGGGAUAGGGCUGGUCCCGCAGGGAGAAUAUAUAAAUCUUUGGGAAAUUUUAAUCUAUUCCGUGAGAUUAAAAAAAAA